CAAAUACUAAUUCUAAGCCCACCAAAGGAGCCCAGCCCGAUCAUAUAUACAUCUAAACCCAUAAGGCAGAUCUUUCAUUUUUCUAGGGUUUCAUUCGAAGAGACACAGCUCAGCCGCGGGGAAGCUCCGAGACGCAGAUAUGGCGAGAAUCAAGGUCCACGAGCUGCGUCAGAAAACCAAGGCAGACCUGCUGAGCCAGCUUAAGGAUCUCAAGGCUGAGCUUGCCCUCCUCCGCGUCGCCAAGGUCACCGGUGGUGCACCCAACAAGCUAUCCAAGAUAAAGGUGGUGAGGCUGUCAAUUGCGCAGGUGUUGACGGUGAUCUCGCAGAAGCAGAAGGAGGCUCUGAGGGAAGUUUACAAGAAGAAGAAGUACCUGCCUCUCGAUCUGCGUCCCAAGAAGACCAGGGCAAUUCGGCGAAGGCUUACCAGGCACCAGGCAUCAUUGAAGACUGAGCGGCAGAAGAAGAGGGAGAUGUAUUUUCCCUUGAGGAAGUAUGCCAUCAAGGUUUAGGGUGUAGGACCUUUGCUUGAAAGAUUUACGUUCCUUAAUAUUAGAAAUCCAUUUUGUUGACAAUUUUGGUGUGUGUUAACUCAUAAUUUCUGGUGGGUGGACUUAAUCUUAUGUUCACGAUUCAUGUUUUAUAAGUUGGGGUUAGUUUAAUCCUAAGUGAGAUGAGUUUAUCGGGCAUAUUUGAAGUAUGAAUUAUGUUCUUUGGUAAAAGUCUUAUAAUGUUUGCUCA